CUUAGCAACAGAGGCAAGAUGGCGGCGUCCAGUAACACUGAGCAUUCUCUCGACAUAUCGACGCCGCUAAAGAUACCGAAAACGGAGGUACCAUCUCCGGAAUCGGAGGACUUGAGUGACAGUAAUCACUACCAUUCUAACCCCUCAACGCCAAAUCGUUUUUCGCCAUUGAACGUGAGCUCAGGAAGCGCAGGCCGUAGUGGCUUGGCCUCAUCCUCCAAUAGCUUCACCGCUUGCCGGGGAAUGUCUUGGACCCCGUCCGAAACAAACGCCCUCAUCGCAGUAUGGGGGAACGAAAGACUCACGGAGGCGCGGAUGCAGCAGCUGGAGGUGGCGGGUACGGUGUUCUCGGGCAAGGCUCCCGGUCCUGCAAUGUAUGAACGAGUCUCCAGGGCCUUGGCAGAGCUCGGGUACGAGCGGACUCCAUCCCAGUGCAGGGAGAGGAUGAAGACGCUGCGUCGCUGCUACAGCCGCGUCAAGGAGCACGGCAUCGGAAAGAGGAAGAGCAGCUACUCCAUCGAGCAGCUGGAGAAGGUGUUCGGCCAGGGGGGGUGGGACUCCCAGGGAGGCUGCGCCCCCGUGCUCAUCAACAGCAGCGGGCUGUACCAGGAGAUGGAGUCGGACUCCAGCGCGCUGGAGGACUUCUCCCAGGAGGACUGGUGCAACCAGGUGCUGGCCUCAGCCUUCCAGGAGGGAGACAUGGAGGCUGAGGAAAUCCAGGUGCCUAAAAACAGAGUUCUCCAUUUUCAAGCCGAGAUCUCAGAAAAAACGCAGAAGCGGGAGACCAUGCGUAACGUGGUGCGCAUCCUGGAGUCGGUGCAGCUCAAGUGGGAGCACUUCCAGACGUGGACCGAGUUCUCGCGGCUGCACCUCUCCAACAAGCUCGCCAUCUUCGGCGUGGGCUACAACACGCGCUGGCGGGAGGACGUGCGCUACCACCACGCCGAGAUCAGCUCGCAGGUGCCGCUGGGCAAGCGGCUGCGCGAGUUCUUCAACCCCGAGAAGCCCGAGGGCCGCGUGGUCAUGACCAAGGUGCAGAAGAUGAACUGGAAGAACGUCUACUACAAGUUCCUGGACAUCACCAUCAGCGAGGCGCGCUGCCUGGAGCUGCACAUGGAGGUGGACUGGAUCCACGUGGCGCAGACGCGAGCGGCGGGCAGCGCCGCGGGGGUGUGCCAGUACCUGCUGCCGGGGGACGUCCCCAAGACCUACGGACUGUACGCCGUGGGCUACGAGGCCGUCGACGGGCUGACGCCGGCCGCAGACGCGAGCGCUCCGUGGUCGGGAGAUAACCGGGGCGUGGAGGACAUGGAAGCGGUGGCGGCUGUGGCGACGGCGGUGGGGUUGGGAGACAGGACCAGGGGACCCGGGAUCACAUACUGCUAUCUGGGCAUAGCGGAGGACAGAACCCUGCAGCAGUCCAUGCUCUACCACUUCCAGGGCGUCGGCAAGCAGUUCUUGAACGGCGAGCCCUCGGGUGUCACACGCUUCCUGCAGGAGAACUGUCGGGGGGGUGGUGGGGGCGGUGGUGGUGGUGGUGGUGGUGGUGGCAGCGGGGAAGGCUUGCCUCAUCGGGCCGCAGUUUACGUCAAGUUUGUGGAGGUGGAGCUGGACUUCCUUUCGGCGGGCUCCCUGGUGGAGUGCUUAGAAACUGCCGUGGGCUAUUCUUUGAAGUACAACAAAAAGGAGCCCUUUUGAUGGACGCAUAGUGGGAUUUUGUUGUUCUCGGACGGGGGAUUGAAUCUCGUUUAGGAAAGAGAAAAGGUGUUGGAAGAGGUUUGUGACCAAUUUUGUGUGUUAUGAGGCAUUGCUGUUUUGCUUCCUUUGCCUAUUCAAUGUUUAUCUUAUUAUAUGAACGCACAAUGCAGCAAAUGCACCAUGGAACACUGGCUAAGGUUUUUUUUUUUACAAAUCGUUUCAUUAAAAAAAAAAUCAUAAUCGACCAAAAAUCCACUUCAGCUACUUUUUUUUUUUUUACAUCAAAACAGUUUGCCUGAAUGGACUGCAUUCAUUAUUGCUAAAAACACAUUAUUAUAACCUCAAAUUUAGCAGGGAUUCACGAAUGGAAGGCCUACAUGGCACUAUUUCAUGUGAAUGCAUUUUUAGAAUGGGAUUUUUGUUAAAAAACCCACAAAUGUAUCCUUAUACAUUUCAACGUUGGCUUAGUGUAAACAUAGUGUAUGUACUAGGUUAUGAAUUAUUUCAGGCAGCAUAUGCACUAUAAUUAUUGGACGGGUAAUGUGCCAUCAGGGAGUGAGGUGUCGGGUGACUUGUUGAAGUGUUGUAUGCAUCCGUCUACCUCUUCAGAGCCUCAGUAUACUUCACUUUAAACAUGCAUAUGAAAGAUGUUGGUUGUGCUGGUCCUCAUGAACUGGAAUGCAUGCACCCGUGAAGUACAAUACCUACGUUAACCUUUAGGGGGCAGUAUACCGCCGGUCAUAUCCAGUAUGUUUUUACUGUAGAAAUGACCCAAAGCAGUUCAUGCACAUCAGACACAGAACUUGGAGAAUUACGAUCUGAAUUCAGUCUGGGAUUUUAGGGGGCAUUGAUGAAUGUAUACCAUGUGAAAGCAGAUCCAUGACUUCAGUAAAUAGUUUCCUAAAACCCACAUAAGACAAAAACAUAUGCAGAAAUGCUACACACAUAGCAUUCCAUCAUCAAAGUGGAGUAUAUACAGGUCUUUUGGAUGUAGCAGCCAAGGCAGUGGGUGGAGUGUGUGGAAAUCUUGCAUUGUCAGACUUGUGACAUGUGAGCCCGCAAGUAAAUAGGAAAUAGGGCUGGCUCCUGUACAACCACUGAAAUCAAGUGAGCUGCGGACGGUUGUGCUGGGAGAAUACCGUUCCCUGUUUUGUUUUAGUGCUUUCAGUGCUUUGAAUCUGCCUUCUGCUUUUGACUGACUCAGUCGAAGUUCCACUUUCUCAAAGCCUCUUUAUAAGUCAUGCGUUGUUAUUAUUGCCUCUGCGUUUUGCACGUAUGAUGAACUCUGCCAACGGAUGUUGCAAGGGCUUGUGGGAAAUGAAGUUUAAAAAAAAGUCAGCGGUUGUGCUGACCGUUUUUCUCACAGAGAAUUCAACUUUAAGGACAAGGCUGGUGUGUCUUAACCUUUUCUUAUCGUCGACAUCUCCAUUCCCCCAAACAAUCAGGUUGUGGCUUAUCUCUGAGGCUCCUACUUUGGUCAACGCUAGAGGGACGUUAUAUAUCCCUAUUGGUAAUUUCAAGGAAUGUCAGCCAUAAGAAAAACAAAUGACUCCGAUGUGGGUACCAGAUUGACUCAGCUGCCAGAUCGACUCGAGGUCCUAGAUGCGCAAUAAUGACGCACUUCCUGCAAACGCUGUCUUUUAAAUGCGCAUGCACGUUUCAUUCAUUCCCAUGUUAUUCCCAAGUAUAAACGAUCUCCUUUUGUUUUCUAAUCUAUGAAUAAUAAUCUAAUGUACAAAUUAUUGUUGCCUAUACUUUGGUAAUAUAUAAAAGAAGAAUCGGUUAACUCCA